UUUUAUUAAUCCAUGUUAUCAGGGCCGGAAUCUAGUUUAAAUACAAACUGAGAUUAUAUGAGAUCUUACAUAAUCAAAUCCCUGCAAGGAAAUCAAAUCUGCGUUCUGGCGGAGGAUAUUGGAGAUUGAUUUAACCCACUGUGGGGUCUCACGUACGGGUGAACGACCUGCAGCCGCCGGUUGGACUUCAACACAUGUCUCCCUCAGAAACCUCUUCCGGGCUCCUUGGUCCUCUGCUGCGAGACUGGAAGACAAAACGGUGGUCAUCACCGGGGCCAACACUGGAAUCGGCAAAGAGGCAGCCAUCGACCUGGCAAAGAGAGGGGCAAGGGUCAUUAUAGCAUGCAGGGACAUGGAGAAAGCACAGGUUGCUGUUAAAGAAAUCAUCGAAGCCUCAGGCAAUGAAAAUGUCCUGUGCAUGAAACUCGACCUGGCCGACAGCAAGUCAAUACGAGAGUUUGCGGAAGCCAUCAACAAAGUGGAGCCGAAGCUCAACAUCCUCAUCAACAACGCCGGUGUGAUGGUGUGUCCUUAUGGGAAAACAGCAGACGGCUUUGAGAUGCAGAUCGGUGUCAAUCACUUCGGACACUUCCUGCUGACCUAUUUACUGAUUGACUUGAUAAAGAAAUCUGCGCCUGCCCGGAUUGUCACAGUGUCGUCCAUGGCUCACUCCUACGGCUCCAUCAAUCUGGAGGAUAUCAACAGUGAGAAGGGUUACGACAAGGGCAAAGCUUACGGCCAGAGCAAGUUAGCCAAUGUGCUUUUCACCCGCUCGCUGGCUAAACGACUGGAAGACACAGGGGUGACGACCUACUCUCUCCAUCCUGGAGUGGUCCAGACUGAUCUGUGGCGUCAUCUUAACGGCCCUCAGCAGUUUCUCUGGAAACUGGCAACUCCCUUCACCAAGAACUCUACACAAGGAGCUCAGACAACAAUUUAUUGCGCAGUGGAGCCGUCCCUGGAGAAAGAGAGCGGUGGAUACUACAGUGACUGCGCUCCUGCUAGCUGCUCAUCAGCUGGAAAAGACGACAACCUGGCGCAGAAGCUGUGGGAGCUGAGCUGUCGCCUGCUCUCCAUAACGUGGGACUGAGGCCGCCUGGAUUUAAAAUUAACAAUUGCCAUAAGUCUGUAAUUCACAAUGUCCAACAUAAACAUUACCUUCUGGAGUUUUAAUACCAAAAAUUAUUAAAGAAAUACAAAAAAUACAUUUUUCUAUCAAUAACAACCAUUUAAAAAGGAACAAAUCCACAAGCAAAUGUGAUGUGCAUAAUCACUCCAAUCUAAUGUAAAGCUCACACAUUUUUAACACAGUGAAGUUAAAUUAAAUUAUUAUUCCCCCAAUCCUUCAUCUGGCUCAUGACAUUCUCACUGAUACCGAACUGAUGAGUAACAUAAGGCAAAGCCAGAAUGUCCUUAUCCAGUAUUAAAUGGAAGACUUACUCCUGUAUUGGAUUUUGUACAACUAAGAUAAGGCAUUGAUAAGAGUAACAAUAUGUUUUGUGAAUCGACGGCAAAGUACUUCCUGGUGUGCAACGAAAACGUCCUUGUGCAAGACCAAGGCAGUUUGAGGUAAAGGAACAAGGAAACGUUUCUCCACAGAAGCAGUAGCUGCUGAAUUGAUACCAAGGGUAAAUUCCUACGGUGUGGACGUGCAGAAAGUGUGUAUAAUAAACUGGCUGAUAUUGGAUUAGAUCCAUUGAUUCUUACUUGGGAACUUUAUCAAUUCAGAAUAAUACAGGGUAAAAAUAAUGGUGUUUAGCUCAAACUGACUGAACUUACAGGAAAAUAAUUACAAUCUAAAACAAAAAAAGCCCAAAUGUUUAAGUGUAAAUGCUUUUUAAUAAAAACAGGCUUCAGAAUCA